GCAAUAAAGAAUAAUAAAGUCUGUUUUCAUUGUUUUGUCGACUCCGUUGUUUUUGUCCGAAUAUUCGCUGCAUAUGGUAAUGUCAUGUGCUUCAUGACGUCAUUAUAGUAUUCCAUUGGCACGUCUUUGUGCCAAGGUUCGGGUAAUUAUAUGAUUAUAAUCCCCUCCUCCAUAGAAUUUGCUAUGCUACGUACUAUAUAAAACUAUUAUUCCACGCACGAAUUUACAAGACCGUGCCAGCGAACUAAUAAUGACUUGAGAUUAUUUUUAUCAAUUAAGAAUAAUUUAAAUGUUGUGAAACAUGAUUAAGAUGUUUUUGUCAUGCUAACACAGUUUGCCUUCCGCGUUCGAAACCGUUCCAAUAUAUUUUGCAUUUUUUGUUCAAACGAUUCUGUUCUUUAUGUUGCUAACUCAGAAUCAUUAAGUGCGUAUUAUAUCUACAUUUGUUCAUUAUUAAUUAUAAUCAUUGCCCGAAACUGGUUUCCAAUAACAAAGAUGAUAAUUGUAUACAUAGAUGACAAGGUUACAGGAACUAUCAAAAGGUCAACGGUCAAAAUACAAAUUCUAAGAAUAAAUACCAGAAGACAUUUAAAAAAUAGUACCUAUCUGCAAAAGCAACUAACACAUGCUUAGUUGAAACUUAAAUUAUUGUUUAUAAUGUAUAUUUCCUAUUUAUUAUAAGUGUAGAUAUUCACAAUCAGACACGCUCUAGACGAAAUACAGUGUUAUUGCGUACAAAACUGUGAUAAAAUAAACGAUAAACACUUAUCUGUUACUGGCAACUAGAGUAACAUAAAAUUCAAUGUCACUCACGAAAAUAUCUAAACCCAUAAUAAAAGUUACAAGAGACCAAAGCGUAUUUGCUUUGGUCUUCAAGAUGUAAUCAAUGAACCACGAAUUUCUUGGGACUCAUUUGAAUUGUAAUACGCCACUGGUAAUGUAAAUAUAGCCAGUGGCUAAGGACCGCAUAAUGAAGUUCAGCUAUUUAUAACGUUUUCACUUUUAAGUCAACCAUUUGGACUUUGUAGUAGCUAUUUUUCUGUUAAGCAAGGUUUUUCUUAACCAAUGUAAUUUAGAAUAUAGUUUCAAAAUCAAAGAUGUACAGUUUUACAGCAGCGGAAAAUUGCCGUGAAUAAUAGUGAUGUUGUUGAUCAUAAAGUUAAAAGAUAUAGUGAAUUUUUCCUUGAAAACAUUAACAAAGCUGCUAUACGAUACAAACACUGGCGCAGAAGAGAUAAAAAUGAUAAUAAUAAACACAAACAAUGUGCAUCGGCUAUGUGAGAGAAAACUAAUAAUGUUGACGAGAGCGGCCCGCCUACGCGCACGACUACCACCUCCGGGAUCGUUGCUCAGCUCCGCCUCGCCGCCGCCGGACCCCGGACCACCAGUGAUACCGGCGGCUGCAGCUGCGUCGAGCUCGAGCGACGAGUACUUCUCUCCACCGACGUCGCCACCACCUGUACGUCGGCAGGGGAGACGCCGGCCACCGACGGGCUUGGGAUCGGGGGACCAUCAGGUCCCUAGCAGGGUCCCCGCUACCGGUGGUUGUGUGCAGCGCAUGAGAUGGACUCAGAAAAUGAAUGAGAACGUCAUGCGCGCAUACUACGGGUCCACAGAGGGAGGAACUAACCUCACUGCGUACCGUGAUAGGAUGCUGUCUCUGUUCCAGGUGCUUGAGCCAGCCGUCAACGUAUCGGCCCAACGACUGUCGGAUCAGGUGCGGGUUAUCCAGCGCAAUCACAGACUGGACGACGCCGCACUUGAUCGGCUGCGCUUAGAGAUGCUGAGCAGCCCUAUGGUCACCACCUCGUCACAGGCCGCGGUGCCACCGCCACCUUCAGGCGGAGUCACGCCGCGGUCCAAUCUCGUUGAACGGGAUGAGGACAAUAGGGUUGUAACGAGUGAUCAAAGAUGGGUAUAUAGAACUUGGGAGCGACCUGAGCAAUACGUGAUGGACGGGAGUACUCAAUUCGGGACACUACAGAGACAAACGAGCAAAAACGAAGAAUAUCUGUGGAUGAUGUAA